AUGUCCUCCGCAACCCCAGCCCGACGGCGCACUCUUCUGUCCUCGCGCCCACCAUCCAGCGCCCGCAGCCAAAACCAUGCGCGAUCCGAAACACCCCCUAUGCCCACCUACGAGCCACCCGAGGCACCACUAACAGCAGAAGGGCACCAUCAACUAGCCUCACUCCUGCAAUCCCAAUACCUGCGCCACCUGAAAACCCACCUCCAGCACGCGACAGAAAAACUGACCGACUCGGCCGGCGAAGUCAACGAGCGGCUCAGCGACGCGCGGGUGCGGUACGAGCGCAGCAAAGAGGCACGGCGGCGGAAUGCGGGCGAGGAUAAUCAAGACGGCGAGAAUCACAACAACAACGAUGACGAGGAAGAUGAUGAUAAUGACGAGUACCGCCAGUUGGGCGAGACCGAGUUGAGGGUUAAUGCCACGACUGCUCGCCUGGAGGAGUCGAUGCGUCGCAUGGUGGACUCCGAGGUCCGGCUGCAGGGUCUGACGGAUGCUAUAGGGGAUCUGGAGAAUGAGGAGGGCGAGGCACAAGCGGCGGCGCUUGGGCAGAGACAGACGCGCCAGCAGCGGCGUCGCCGGGGAAGAGUGGAAGAUGAGGACGACGCAGAGGCGGCAGAUGAGGAUCCCCAAGAUCGGGACUAUCAGGGCACCCCUGAGCGAGAGACUCGCGAGCGCAAUGCGCAGAACCCGCCGAGUCGCAAGCUGGAUGGCCGGCUACUUGAGGGGGUAGAGAAAUGGGACGGGUUGUCACUGACAGAGAGAUAUUCGACUCACAAUUCGUAUAUCGGCUUUUACCGCAUUGUGCACGACUCCAAAUUCCCCGGCGACGAAGUGCCGCCACUCCCGCACUCAUCGACCUGGUUCGCACACAUGGAAGACCCGAACGCAGCCUCGCGCGCAGCGUCGACAACCCACGGCUCAUCCCACCAGCAGAACCGGCGCACUCGCAACCGCAACCGUGAACCGUCCCCCGCCGACUCCGAUGACAUUGCCAUUCAGCGCGAGCGCAUCUCCCUCAAAUGUCCCCUUACUCUCCUUUCUUACCGAGACCCUGUAACGAGCACCAAAUGUCCGCAUAGUUUCGAGCGCGAGGCUAUUCACGACAUGAUCAGCCGGAGCUCUACUACUAUUCCCCCUCCCUCUGGUCGUGGAGGUCGACGUAUCCGCGUGGUCAAGUGCCCGGUAUGCUCCAUCCCCUUGUCGGCCGACGAUCUGCGGCCUGACCCUGUGCUGCUGCGGCGAGUGCGACGUGCAGAGGAGCUGGAGGCGCGCGAAGAAGAGGAAGAUCAGUUGGGAGAUGACGAGAAUGGUGGGCGUAGGCGCAAACGGGCCGACCGCCGCAGUGGUAUCACGCUAGCCAGUGAUGCUCCAGGCGACGAUGACGAUGAUGAUGCGAUGGAUGUGGAUGUCGAUCUUGAGGAUGAAUCGUCACGUCCCCGGAUCAAAUCAGAGCGGAGGGAGAUUCCUAUUAAGGAUGAGCAGGAUACGUCCCGUGGAAGCGAGACUGAAGAUGAGGACGAAUAA